UGAAGGCACUGAGCUACCCGGAGUGAUCAGAAAAAAAUAUUGAUAUAUUGAUAUAUUAUCAACAACCCUACUGCGCACUCGAGAUGGAACUGGGUGACUCCAAGCUGCGUGCGGUCCGGGUGCUGGGACAGGGCACCUUUGGCCGGGUGUUCCUCUGCCACCAGAACGGGGUGCGCGGCCAGCCGGACAGGAAGGUGUGCGUGAAGAGGAUUAUCGUCCGGAAUCCCAAGACAGAGCUGGGACUGAUCAAGGAAGAGGUGUACAUCAUCUCGCAGCUGCGCCACCCGCACAUCGUCGAGUUUCUGCGCUCCUUCAGCCACGCGGGGACAGUGAACAUCGUGAUGGAGUACGUGCCCAACGGAACCUUGAGAGAUGUCAUCCAGCAGCUGCCUUCGGGCACUGGGGGAGUCCAUCAGGAGCGGCUGUUGCGCUACUUCCGCGACAUGGUAGUGGGGCUCGAGUAUCUGCACAUCCGCUGCGUCAUUCACCGGGACAUCAAGCCCGAGAACAUGCUCCUCGACGCCAACGACCGAGUCAAGAUCGCCGACUUCGGGAUCGCGAACGUCCAUGCGCCCAGCACUCAACUGCAGGCGGGCAUGGGCACGCCUAUGUACAUGGCCCCGGAGGCGAUGUCUAGCCAGGGCAGGGUGGACUUUAAGUCAGACGUGUGGUCGUUGGGGCUGGUUCUCUACGAGCUGUGCCUCGGACGCAGCCCCUUUGCCGCGUUUCUCGACAAGAACGCCACCCCUGCCGUACUGCAUACCGUAGUGCAGACGCUGGUCCGUCCCCGGCUUGACUGCCAGCUCAUUCGGCGUCUCUACGAUCCCGUGUGGGCGCAAGUUUGCGAACUGAUGGUCGUCUACGAGCAGGAGCGCCGUAUUUGCCUGCCGGACAUCUUCCAUCUCGACGCCAGAAUGACUGUGGCACUCUACAAGCAAUACUUCAGCUACAGCUACUAACGGAGGCGAAUGGUCAGCUGGUCUGCGUAGGAAAACCUCAACAAAUAUUUAAUUGUACUCUAAGAACUAGGAUAAUUUAAGUUUUGUAUGCCCUU